AUCAUGAAUGGAAACAGCACGGACAUUGACCUCCAAGACUACCUUUACGGUAACCCGUACGACCACCUGUAUGCAUAUGAUGACAUUUUAGAUUACCUCUACCCAUCCGGACAACAUGAAAAUGGACUGGACGCAGCUAGUAACCAGCCUGCUUCUCUCUCGUUCCGUGUGGCUCUUGGAGCAGUGUAUAUUCUCAUCAUUGUAGUGUGUGGUGUUGGAAACCUGGUGUUCUUGGUGAUCGUAGGACGGUACAAGAAAGCACGGACUAAGACAAACUUGCUGAUUGCAAAUCUCGCGCUUUCCGACUUUGUCGUCGCCAUUUUGUGUAUCCCCUUCAGUUUGGACUACUACGUCAUCAAUGACAGGGAUUGGAGGUACGGAGAGGAGGUCUGCACGCUGGUCAACUAUGUAAAGAUGGUGUCGCUACACGUGUCGACCAACGCUCUCGUGGUCAUUGGGAUUGACAGAUACAUAACUAUAGUCCGUCAUCGGUGGCGGCGGUUGGGAAGAACCAGCGCCAUCUUGGUGUCCCUCGGUGUCUGGAUCGCCUCCUUUCUCAUCGCCAUCCCUUCGGCUAUGUUCUCUAUGGUACAGCCGGCCUUCCAUCGCAACAAUGCUUUCUGUGGGGUGGUGUGGAACUUUCCUUCUUGA